AUGCAGGGGUCGUCCAGAAGGCUUUCCACUGUGAACAUCAUCAACAACUUCCUCCAUGGCCGCAGAUAUUCCACUACCCCUGCUGUCAUCCCUCUCCAGAGAAGGCGCAACUCUGCCAUUGAGGUCCUAUCAUCGUCCACUCACAGGGUCAUGGUGGCCAUGUCUUGUGUUAGCCCCGGAGAUGUGAGUGACGACGUUCUUCAGAUAAAGAGAACUGGCAGACGUCCAACUUCGAAAUACACCAAAGUGGGCGAGCGUUUGCGGCAUGUCAUUCCGGGUCACAUGCAGUGUUCCAUGACGUGUGGUGGACGCGCUUGUAAAUAUGAAAACCCCACUCGAUGGAGCGAAGAGGAGCAAGCUAUAAAGGGGCUAUACUCCUCCUGGAUCACAGAUAAGAUACUUGCAAUGGCAAGACCCUCAACAGAAAUCAUUGAGAAAUAUAAUAUCAUCAAGCAGUUCAAGAGCUGUGGAAUAAAAACAGUAAUUAACCUGCAACGUCCUGGAGAGCACGCAAGCUGCGGGAAUUCUUUAGAGCAAGAAAGUGGGUUCACGUAUCUUCCAGAGGCCUUUAUGGAAGCUGAAAUUUAUUUUUACAAUUUUGGAUGGAAAGACUAUGGUGUUGCUUCCCUGACCACAAUUCUUGAUAUGGUGAAAGUUAUGUCGUUUGCCUUACAAGAAGGAAAAGUAGCGAUUCACUGCCACGCCGGCCUAGGACGGACAGGGGUGCUAAUUGCAUGUUAUUUAAUAUAUGCCACAAGAAUGACUGCAGAUCAAGCUAUUUUGUUUGUCCGUGCAAAGAGACAAAAUGCUAUCCAGACCAGGGUCCAACUCUUGUGUAUACGCGAGUUUACUCAGUUUCUGAACCCUCUGCACAAUGUGUUUGCUUGCUGUGACCCAAAAGCCCAUGCCGUCACUUUAUCUCAAUACUUGAUCCGCCAACAGCACUUACUUCACGGAUACGAAGCUCGCCAUCUCAAAUAUGUGCCAAAAAUUGUCCACUUGGUUUGUAGGUUAUUGAUAGACUUAGUGGAAAACAGGCAAGUGGUGGAGAAGGAGAUCGUAGAUGUUCCAGAUCUCUCUGCUGAGAUCGAGAAGACUGUUUCUCAGUUUUCCCCUGAACAACUUGAUAAAGUUUUAGCCAGUGAAAUUGAUACGGGGGAUUCAUUAGCCCAUUCUGUUACAACCCCAGCUUGUUAUGUAGUUCGUGAUUCAGUGUUAACAAGUGAACAGGAAUUUGACCCCUUGUGGAAGAGGAGGAACGUAGAAUGUCUUCAGCCAUUGUCCCAUCUAAAAAAGCGUUUAAGUUACAGUGACUCAGAUCUAAAGAAGGCUGAAAUUCUCCUGGAGCAAGGUGAAACCCCAUGGACAGAGCCAGCAGAGAUGUGUUUUUUAAGCAAAAUCAAUGAGCAUAUAAGGGUUAAGCACUGUUUCGAAAAUCAUGAGAUCACAGACCCUAUGCCUUCGGCACGGUCAAACAAAGAACCUUGUGCAAAAGCAGCUUUUUUUUUCUGGAGCCAGAGUAAAGUCGGUAGCAUUGAAGCUCCCAGAGAUGGUUCCCCUCUAUUUCAUAGGAUGAAAUUCCAUAAAGAGAUGCAGCGAAGUCGUACUUUUUCAUUAGGAUAUUCCUCAAUAGCAGGCAGUGACCAAUCAGCUUUAGUAGACUCUGAAUAUUUAAUGCCAAGCAUGACUCCUCGGGACUCUACUGAUUGUAAUUGUGCUGCUGAGAACAAUAGAAUACAGGAAGGUAACAGCAUCUCCAAACCUCAGGACACUAACUGCACUUCAUCCAAAGUGACUUUUUAUCUAGAAUGUAGUGAGACACCAGAAGUUGUCCCACAGAUUGCCCAGGAGUAUGAACCAAGCCUUGAUGCCAGGCGCUUGCUGGCAGCUAAAGCUCUAGCAUGCUUGACUUAUGAUGGUGCUGAAGAAGUUGAAGAAAAAGUAAACUUUUGGCAGGUAGAUAUGCUUUUAUUGAUUUAA